AGGCGGCAAGGUCUAGGUCUGGAGCUGGAGACAUCGCUCGUUUCUCGGUGGAGGGACUUGCGUGGGAUGGCGCUUACGUAUUCCAGGAAAAACAAGGCCAGAUUUCGGCAGGCGCUACCUUGGAACCCAAGCCGGCAUGACAUCAGUUUUGUGUGUGGUUGAUGCCAAGAGCUAGACGCAGAGGGUCCAAGCAGGGACCCGAGGGUUCCGAGUGCCUCGGUUCACACACACUCCCCGCGCCCUGCCCCGUGCCUGUGUUCAGUGUGACAGUUGUGAUUACUGAUGCUUCUACCAUACUAAUGACUGUGCAGUGGUUGGCAGGACACAGCCGUCUGUCUUUUAGAGUCUGGUCGCACCUGUUUGCUGGUGCUGCCGGCCUUCCCCUUGGUUGGAUCACAUCGAGGCUAGCUCAGACCUCUGGUGCUGUGGAGGAGAUUCUAGACAGAGAGAACAAGCGGAUGGCUGACAGCUUGGCCUCCAAGGUUACCAGGCUUAAAUCGCUGGCUUUGGACAUCGAUAGGGACACAGAAGACCAGAACCGGUACCUAGAUGGCAUGGAUUCAGAUUUCACAAGUGUGACUGGCCUACUCACAGGGAGUGUGAAGCGCUUUUCCACGGUGGCACGGUCUGGGCGAGACAACCGGAAGCUUCUAUGUGGUAUGGCUGUGGUCUUAAUUGUGGCCUUCUUCAUCCUUUCCUACCUCUUGUCAAGGACAAGGACGUGAGCCAAUGGGAGCCGAGGGCAGCCAGGCUCUUGUACACCUGCUCUCCUGGUUUCCUAAGGACC